AUGGGGGAUGCCAUGCCGGUGCUGGGUAUUCUGUUAUAUGCUUCAGAUGAUCCCAAUGAAGAGAAUUCAGAUCCCAAUGAAGAGAAUUCAGAUCCCAAUGGAGCGAAUUCAGAUCCCAAUGGAGCGAAUUCAGAUCCCAAUGAAGAGAAUUUAGAUCCCAAUGAAGAGAAUUCAGAUCCCAAUGAAGCGAAUUCAGAUCCCAAUGAAGAGAAUUUAGAUCCCAAUGAAGAGAAUUCAGAUCCCAAUGGACAGAAUUCAGAUCCCAAUGAAGAGAAUUUAGAUCCCAAUAAAGAGAAUUCAGAUCACAAUGAAGAGAAUUUAGAUCCCAACAAAAGCUGA